ACCACCUCUACGUCUCCUCUCUAAUCUCCCCCUUUUACUCUUUUCUCUCUCCUAGGGUUUGCUCCAUUCGCUGAGUCGAAUCCAAAGAAUGUUUGCCUAGUCGAAUGUAACUUAAAAUAGGUUUGAAAUUUAAUGUUGGAGGGUUUGCUGUGCGGUUGCUGUAUUUGAGUGGGUGAUUUGAGAGUGAAGAAAACAUGACUUCGAGAGGUGGAGGAAGCGGUUCGUCGGAUCAAACGCCGCCGCCGCAGCGGCGGAUCAUGCGGACACAGACAGCGGGGAAUCUUGGAGAGUCGAUAUUUGAUAGUGAGGUGGUGCCCUCGUCGUUAGUCGAGAUUGCUCCCAUUCUUCGUGUGGCGAAUGAAGUCGAGCCUAGUAACCCCAGGGUUGCUUAUCUUUGUCGGUUUUAUGCAUUUGAGAAGGCUCAUAGGUUGGAUCCCACUUCUAGUGGACGUGGUGUUCGUCAAUUCAAAACUGCCCUUCUUCAGCGGCUUGAAAGGGAAAAUGAUCCAACCUUGAUCGGGAGAAUGAAAAAAAGUGAUGCGCGUGAAAUGCAGAGCUUUUAUCGACAUUACUACUCAAAGUACAUCCAAGCUUUGCAAAGUGCUGCUGACAAGGCAGACCGUGCACAGCUUACCAAAGCAUACCAAACAGCUAAUGUUCUCUUUGAGGUUUUAAAGGCUGUUAAUCAGACACAAGCAGUGGAAGUUGAUCGGGAGAUUCUCGAAACACAUCAUAAAGUUGCCGAGAAGACAGAGAUCUAUCUCCCAUACAAUAUACUACCUCUUGAUCCAGAUAGUGCCAAUCAGGCCAUUAUGAGAUACCCAGAGAUUCAAGCUGCUGUUGUUGCUCUUCGUAACACAAGAGGCCUUCCUUGGCCCAGGGAAUACAAGAAGAAAAAUGAAGAAGACAUUCUAGAUUGGCUUCAAGCUAUGUUUGGGUUUCAGAAAGAUAAUGUGGCAAAUCAAAGGGAGCACCUGAUUUUAUUGCUUGCAAAUGUUCAUAUUCGCCAAAUUCCGAAGCCUGAUCAGCAGCCCAAGUUGGAUGAGCGUGCAUUGAACGAAGUGAUGAAGAAACUUUUCAAGAACUACAAAAAAUGGUGCAAAUACCUGGAUCGGAAAAGUAGUCUUUGGUUGCCGACAAUACAGCAAGAAGUUCAACAGCGUAAAUUAUUGUAUAUGGGACUUUAUCUUCUUAUUUGGGGGGAGGCUGCAAAUUUGAGAUUCAUGCCCGAGUGCCUCUGCUAUAUCUAUCAUCAUAUGGCCUUUGAACUGUAUGGUAUGCUUGCUGGCAAUGUCAGUCCCAUGACCGGUGAGAAUGUGAAACCAGCCUACGGAGGAGAUGAAGAAGCUUUCUUGACGAAAGUAGUUUCUCCUAUUUAUGACGUGAUAGCAAAGGAAGCUGCCAGGAGCAAGAUAGGGAAAUCAAAACAUUCCCAGUGGAGAAAUUAUGACGAUCUAAAUGAGUAUUUCUGGUCGGUAGAUUGUUUUCGUUUAGGUUGGCCAAUGCGUGCUGAUGCUGAUUUUUUCUGUGAGCCUGAGAAGCUACGCCAGUUUGAUAAAAAUGGGGAUAAUAAACCACCUGGUAAAGAUCGAUGGGUCGGGAAAGUGAAUUUUGUCGAGAUACGAUCGUAUUGGCAUGUUUUUAGAAGCUUCGACAGAAUGUGGAGUUUCUUUAUACUGUGCUUACAGGCUAUGAUCAUUGUUGCUUGGAAUGGUUCCGGAGACCUGACCUCAAUUUUCGAUUCUGAUGUUUUUAAGAAAGUAUUGAGUGUCUUUAUAACUGCUUCCAUAUUGAAGCUUGGUCAAGCUGUUCUAGAUGUGGUACUAAAUUGGAAGGCAAGACAAUGCAUGCCCUUCUAUGUCAAGUUAAGAUACCUUUUGAAGGUUCUAUCAGCUGCUGCCUGGGUAGUAAUCUUACCAGUUACUUAUGCUUAUACAUCGAAAAAUCCAGCUGGACUUGCUCAAACCAUUAAAGGUUGGUUUGGCAACAGCUCAGGCUCCCCAUCAUUGUUCAUUUUGGCCGUUGUUGUCUACUUGUCACCAAACAUGCUUGCUGCUGUGUUAUUUCUAUUCCCCUUCAUUCGGCGUUACCUUGAGAGUUCAGACUACAGAAUUGUGAUGCUCAUGAUGUGGUGGUCUCAGCCUCGGCUUUAUGUUGGGAGGGGAAUGCAUGAAAGUACAUCUUCUCUUUUCAAGUACACAACCUUUUGGAUUUUGCUCCUUGUUACGAAGCUCGCAUUCAGUUACUAUUUAGAGAUAAAGCCACUUGUGGGUCCUACAAAAGCUAUCAUGAAUGUUCAUAUCAACACUUAUGCAUGGCAUGAGUUCUUCCCCCAGGCAAAGAACAACAUUGGUGUGGUGGUUGCACUAUGGGCUCCAAUCAUUCUGGUAUAUUUUAUGGACACCCAGAUCUGGUAUGCUAUAUUCUCCACAUUUUUUGGAGGUGUCUAUGGGGCAUUCCGUCGUCUUGGAGAGAUUCGAACUUUAGGAAUGCUGCGGUCCCGUUUCAAGUCAUUACCUGGUGCAUUUAAUGCUUGCUUAACUCCACCUGAGAAAAGCGAUCAGGCAAAAAAGAAAGGACUUAAAGCUACCUUGUCUCGAAACUUUGCUACGAUCCCCUCCAAUAAAGAGAAAGAAGCUGCAAGAUUUGCUCAGUUAUGGAACAAAAUCAUCACAAGUUUCCGAGAGGAAGAUCUUAUUAAUAAUAGGGAAAUGAACCUUUUGCUUGUUCCAUACUGGGCAGACCGAGACUUGGAACUAAUACAGUGGCCUCCAUUUCUGCUUGCUAGCAUGAUCCCUAUUGCAUUGGAUAUGGCGAAAGACAGUAAUGGCAAAGACCGUGAGCUGAAGAAGAGGAUUGAAAACGACGAAUAUAUGUCUUGUGCAGUUCGUGAAUGCUAUGCUUCUUUCCGCAAUAUUAUUAAGUUUUUAGUUCGUGGCCACCGUGAGAAGGAGGUUAUCAACUAUAUAUUUUUGCAAGUUGACAAACAUAUUGAAGAAGGCAACCUAGUGAGCGAAUUCAAAAUGAGUGCUCUUCCUAUCCUCUAUGACCACAUUGUCAAGCUUAUCAAGUACUUGUUAACAAAUAAGCAGGAGGAUCGGGAUCAAGUUGUAAUCCUUUUCCAGGAUAUGCACGAAGUUGUGACGAGAGACAUAAUGGAGGAUCAAUUACCCAAUUUGGAUGGGUCAGGUUAUGAUGGACCAUUAGAUCAACAAUACCAGUUAUUUGCACCUGCAGGAGCAAUCCUGUUCCCGACUCCAGAAUCAGAGGCUUGGAAGGAGAAAAUCAACAGGUUGUAUUUAUUGCUUACAGUGAAGGAGUCUGCUAUGGAUGUACCGUCAAACUUGGAAGCUAGAAGAAGAAUAUCCUUCUUUUCCAAUUCAUUGUUUAUGGAGAUGCCAGUAGCACCCAAAGUUCGCAAUAUGCUUUCGUUCUCCGUACUUACGCCUUAUUACACGGAGGAGGUUCUCUUUUCUUCGCAUGAUUUGGAAGUCCCAAACGAGGAUGGAGUAUCAAUUCUCUUCUAUUUACAGAAGAUUUUCCCAGAUGAGUGGAACAACUUUCUUGAGAGGAUGAAAUGCAACAGCGAAGACGACCUAAGAGGAAGUGAUGAGUUAGAGGAUCAACUACGUCUUUGGGCUUCUUAUAGAGGACAAACAUUAACCAAGACUGUUCGAGGAAUGAUGUAUUAUCGUAAAGCGUUGGAGCUUCAGGCUUUCCUUGAUAUGGCUAAAGAUGAAGAUUUGAUGGAAGGGUAUAAGGCUAUUGAAUUGAAUGAGGAUCAGAUGAAGGGAGAAAGGUCGCUAUGGGCUCAGUGCCAAGCAGUAGCAGAUAUGAAGUUUACAUAUGUGGUGUCAUGCCAACAGUAUGGUAUUCAAAAGCGGUCUGGGGAUCUUCGUGCACAAAAUGUUCUGAGGCUCAUGACAGAGUACCCAUCUCUUCGUGUAGCGUACAUUGAUGAGGUUGAGGAGCCUAGCAAAGACACCACUAAAAAGAUAAACCACAAGGUUUAUUACUCUGCUCUAGUCAAAGCAAUGCCAAAUUCUAAUGCUUCCGAGACGGGGCAAAACUUGGAUCAGGUUAUUUAUAAAAUAAAAUUGCCUGGGCCUGCAAUUUUGGGAGAAGGAAAGCCCGAGAAUCAGAAUCAUGCUAUCAUCUUCACACGGGGAGAGGGCUUACAGACAAUAGACAUGAAUCAGGACAAUUACAUGGAAGAGGCCUUAAAAAUGAGGAACUUGCUACAAGAAUUUCUUGAAAAACAUGAUGGUGUGAGAUACCCUACCAUACUGGGACUUAGGGAGCAUAUUUUUACUGGAAGUGUUUCUUCUCUUGCAUGGUUUAUGUCUAAUCAAGAGACGAGUUUUGUGACAAUCGGUCAGAGAUUGUUGGCCAACCCUUUGAAGGUUCGCUUUCACUAUGGUCAUCCAGAUGUCUUUGAUAGGCUUUUUCAUCUUACAAGAGGGGGCAUCAGCAAAGCCUCCAAGAUCAUAAAUCUAAGCGAGGACAUAUUUGCUGGUUUUAAUUCUACACUCCGUGAAGGCAAUGUCACACAUCAUGAAUACAUACAAGUUGGUAAAGGGAGGGAUGUUGGUCUAAAUCAAAUAUCUCUGUUUGAGGCAAAAAUAGCCAAUGGAAAUGGGGAGCAGACACUUAGCCGUGACCUAUACAGGCUUGGACACCGCUUUGACUUUUUCAGGAUGCUGUCAUGUUACUUCACUACAAUUGGUUUCUACUUUAGCACCUUGAUCACUGUAUUGACUGUGUACGUGUUCCUUUAUGGGCGUCUUUAUCUUGUUCUUAGUGGGCUUGAGCAGGGGUUUAGCACCCAACCUGCCAUUCGGAACAAUAAACCACUUCAAGUGGCUCUUGCUUCACAAUCUUUUGUGCAAAUUGGAUUCUUAAUGGCCCUGCCUAUGAUGAUGGAAAUUGGUCUAGAAAGAGGUUUCAGAACUGCAUUAAGUGAAUUCAUUCUUAUGCAAUUACAACUUGCACCAGUGUUCUUUACGUUUUCACUUGGAACAAAGACUCACUACUAUGGUAGGACAUUGCUUCACGGAGGUGCAAAGUACAGGCCAACAGGUCGUGGUUUUGUGGUGUUUCAUGCCAAGUUUGCUGAAAACUACCGUCUUUACUCUCGUAGUCAUUUCGUCAAGGGAAUUGAACUUAUGAUCUUGCUUCUCGUUUACCAAAUAUUCGGAGAAUCAUACAGAGGAGCACUUGCUUACAUCUUAAUCACCGUCUCAAUAUGGUUUAUGGUCGGCACGUGGCUCUUUGCUCCGUUUCUCUUCAAUCCCUCGGGUUUUGAAUGGCAAAAGAUUGUUGAUGAUUGGUCUGAUUGGAAUAAGUGGAUUAGCAACCAAGGCGGUAUCGGAGUUCCCCCUGAGAAGAGUUGGGAAUCAUGGUGGGAGGAGGAACAAGAACAUCUACGUUACUCCGGAAAGCGUGGUGUUAUUGUUGAGAUAUUAUUGGCAUUACGUUUUUUCAUUUACCAGUAUGGUCUUGUUUAUCAUCUAAGUAUGACGAAGCAUCAGAAGAGUGUCCUGGUUUACGGUAUAUCAUGGGUGGUUAUUUUUGGAAUUUUACUGGUGGUGAAGGCUAUAUCAUUUGGGCGGAUGAAAUUCAGUGCAAAGUUUCAACUCAUCUUCCGGCUAAUUAAAGGGGCGAUCUUCAUUAUGUUUGUGUCUAUUCUUGUGAUCCUGAUUGCACUCCCACAUAUGACACUGCAAGAUAUUGUUGUGUGCAUUCUUGCCUUCAUGCCAACUGGCUGGGGCUUACUACUGAUUGCACAAGCAUGCAAACCGGUAGUGAAGACAGCUGGAUUCUGGGGAUCAGUGAGGACACUUGCUCGUGGGUAUGAGAUAGUGAUGGGUCUACUUCUAUUCACCCCAGUUGCAUUUCUUGCAUGGUUUCCUUUCGUUUCGGAAUUCCAAACACGUAUGCUGUUCAACCAAGCGUUCAGCAGAGGUUUGCAAAUAUCUCGUAUUCUUGGUGGGCACAGGAAAGACCGAUCGGCUAGGAACAAAGAGUAGUUUAAUAAUGAAAUGCAGCAGCCAGCGUUUGAAGUCCUAUUUGUGCUGCUGCAUUUUUUUGGUAGUUCGGUAGCUAGUUCUUUGUAAUUGUGCAAUGAAAUACCUGCUAAUUCUGUGAUCCCAGGGAGAACACAGAAAUGUUAAUGUAUUAUCUUAAUUUAGAAAUGAAUCUUGGGUUUUUGUGUUUUGCACACAA